AUGAGCUUCGUAUCGGACGCCGCAACGAGCGACUUUCCCAUCCAGAACCUCCCGUACGGCAUCUUCUCUACGUCCACUAGCGCGCACAAGCGCGUGGGCGUCGCCAUUGGCACCUUUGUACUCGACUUGUCUGUGCUCGAGACCGAAGGCCACUUCGCCGAAUUUGACGCUGCGUGUUUCCAUGACUCGUCGCUCAACCGGUUCAUGGCGCAAGGAUCGACCGUGUGGUCCAAAGCGCGCGCAACGAUCGCACGACUACUGUCAGCUGAUGAACCCACGCUACGGGACAAUGAAGAGCUCCGACACCGCGCGUUGAUCCGCAUGGAAGACGUGCAGAUGCACUUGCCGGCCAAAGUCGGCGACUAUACGGACUUUUACUCGUCACGCGAACACGCGACCAACGUCGGCCGUAUGUUCCGCGGAGACGACCACGCGCUGCAGCCCAAUUGGCUCCACUUGCCCGUCGGAUACCACGGACGUGCGUCCUCCAUCGUCACGUCAGGUACCGACGUGCGUCGUCCGUGUGGCCAAUUGCAGGCGGACGCGAAGGACCCAUCAAAGGGGUCCAAGUACGGACCAUGUCGCGUGCUUGACUACGAGCUGGAGAUGGCGUUUUUCGUUGGUCCGUCCAAUGAGCUUGGCGAACCGAUCUCAAUCAGUGAGGCAGAGGACCACAUCUUUGGUGUCGUCUUGAUGAAUGACUGGAGCGCUCGUGACAUUCAAAAGUGGGAGUACGUUCCGCUCGGACCCUUUGGGGCCAAGAACUUUGCAACUACCAUCUCACCGUGGGUCGUGCCCCUCGCGGCUUUAGAGCCUUUUCGGUGCGAACCGAGUUUUGGCCCAGCUCAAAAAGAUCCACAGCCGCUGGCGUACCUCACAGACCCAAGUUAUGCCCGUGGCACCUACGAUAUCAAUCUCAGUGUCUCGGUGAAACCAGAGCAGUCCGACCAGGCGUACACCGUGACAAAGAGCAACUUUCGCAACAUGUACUGGAACAUGAAGCAACAGCUUGUUCACCACACAGUCACGGGAUGCAACAUGCAACCUGGCGACCUUUUGGGCAGCGGUACCAUCAGCGGUAGCACGGACGACAGCUUGGGCUCCAUGCUGGAACUGAGCUGGCAAGGAACCCGCGACGUGGCACUUGGGGACGGCGGGCUCACCCGCAAGUUUCUGCAGGACGGUGACACGGUGGCAAUCUCGGGCUUCUGCCAGGGCCAUGGCUACAGGAUAGGAUUUGGCUCGUGUGAGGGCAAGAUUCUGCCUGCACGCCAGUGCAAUGCCUAG